AUGCCGAUCAUCCGGCCCGCUGGGUGCGCUUCUCAGCUCCCCGGCCCUGGAUGUGAGGAGAAGCGGCGCGCCAUCGCCGUCGAGACCGCGGCGAAGCUUGCCGCCAACCGCGCUGCGGCGGAGGCGGCGCAGCGAGCGAGGAAGGCGGAGCGCUCGUCGGCCGAGGCUGCGGAGCGAGAGGCGCAGAGGGAAGCGCUCGCGGUUCGCAAGGCGGACGAGGCGGCGGCGGCGCGGCAGAGGGAGGAAGCUGCGGAGAGGCGGAAGAGAGAGGCGGAGGCGAAGCGGCUCGUGCGGCUGGAGGAGCAGAAGGAGGCCAAGAAGGCGGCCAAGGAGAAGAGGAAGGCGCAGCGCAACGCGCCAUCCGCCUUUGCGGUGGAGAAGGAGCGCGAGAAGCGCGCCGCGGCCAAGAAGGCGGAGGCGCUCGCAGCUGAGCUCGCGGCCGACGAGGCGCAAAACGCAGCCGAGGAGGAGGCGAGGCGCGAGCAGCUGGCAACGGCUGAGGCCGAGGCGGCGGCUAUGGCGGCAGCGGAGGCGGAGGAGGUCGCAGCAGCUGAGGAGGCGGCGGUGCUUGCGACGGCGGCGGCGGCCAUCGCUGCCGCCAAAGCGAGACGUUCGGAUGCAGCUGCUGCGAAGGCCACGGCGCUGGCAGAGGCCAACGCCAAGGCGCGGGCAGCGACCGAGGCGGCAGAGGAGCACUCCCAGUACGUGUAGAGGAGGGUGAGCAAAUGAACCAUGUGGGGGCAGCGGCGCGGUUUAGGUUUCUUACAGAUCAGUACAGAAC